AUGGACCCAGCAGCUGCCGGUAGUUUCGCUUCGCCGCCUCAGUUUCAGCAGGCCGCUCCAGCAAAUGGUGCCGCGCCUCAAUCAUGGUAUUGAAAUUGAUUACGGGUUCAACUUCCAUGAUUAUAGAGCAGGAAUAAAUUCGAAUUUGUAUUCACGCGUACUAGUAGUUGCCACAAAAGAGAGAAUAUAUAUAAAUCUUGUUGAGUCGAAUUCAAAAGAAAACCACGAAGACGUUCUUUAUCUUGAUGUGCAAAACGCGAUUGAUUUUUCUCUGACCUUCUAAAAAAACAGGGCACCAGGAACCGCGCCAGGUGGAACAGGUGGAAGCGCACAGGCGGGAUCAUUAGUAGAGACUACACAGUCACAGUCAGCGAUAGCUGCAGGUACUCCUGCAAUUAACCCGACGAGUGCUGUAACUACAGGAGGGCCAGGCAAUCCAAUAGGGUCUGCUGGUGCAACAGGAGCAGCAUCAGCAGGUGUUGUAUGUCCUCCUACAACAGACGGCCAACAACAGGCUGCGUCUCAAGUUGUACAAGUUAAUAAUACUUAUACUUCUGCUUCUGCUACAAUGCAUGGUGCAACGCCGCCACAGGCUCAGCCACAGGGGCAAGCACCUCAAGGCAGUAGUCCACCACAUGCACCACCACAACCCGCGCAACAUUUGCUGAUGAACAAUCAACAGGGUGUCGGAGGAGGAGGCCCUGUUGGAGGUGCUGGGGCGGCAGCUGGGAGUCAACCAAUAGCUCAACCACAACAAGGGACACCUCCGCAGCAGUCAGCUGCUGUAGUGGCUACUUCGGUUCAGCAACAGCAGCCACAGGCCGCGACACCGCCUCAACAACAGACACCACAGCCGACCCCACCACCACCGCCGCCACCUCAGCAGCAGCCUCAACUGCAGACAACUUCUGUGGCACCGCAACAGAUGCCGCAAUCACAACAGACGAUGGCGGCGCAACAACAGAUGCAACAGCAACCUCCGGGAGUAGCUGCGCCUCAGCAGCAGGCUCAAAUACCACCGCCACAACAGCUGGCACACCAACCAAUGCAACAGCUAGCUCAACCACAGGGAUCACAACAGCCGGUGAUAAUGGCCGCACAACAGCAGCAGCAACAGCACUAUAUGCCAGCAAGUGGAGCUGCCGGUGUGACAUUGUCACAAAAUCUGUCAAUGACACCACCUGCAGGGACAUCACCACAGUCCACUGCGGCCGUCAUUCACAAUAGUCUUCCACAAGGUCAAGGAGGUGCAAGUGAUGCUGUGCCGCAACAAGUGCAACAAAACACUACAAGCAGUGCCAGUGCAGUCGUGACCAUGCAGAUCCCCCCACAAGCACAACCUCCGGCUCCACAACAACACAUAAUCCAACAACAUCCGCCUCAACAACAUCCGUCUCAACAAGCACAAGGUCCUCCUCAACAACAGCAACAACAACUUCCGCCACCUACCUCUCAAACUCAAGUACAACAACAACAACAACAACAACAGCGUUCCUCAACAAUGACAGGAGAACUACAACCUCAAGCUCCAGCUGCGCCUACAGCUGCGGGUGCAGAACAACAGCCAGCUCCUGUGGCCUCAGCGGGUGGUGGAGCAAGUGGUGGCAACAUUUCUUCUGGCGCUUCACAGCAAAGUGCCAUGAACCAAGCAACGCCGCCACCAGCACAGCCAGCAACGAGAGGUAGUCCGGCCGAUGGGGCGUCGCCAGGCGACACGGCAGCAAGUAGAAGUCUCCUCGCUACCAGAAUGCCAGUGUCGAAUGCUGCAGGAGGUACUAUAACAUAUGACGGGUAGAAAGCUCCUUGAUGUAGUUUCUAGAGCAGUAGGAGUAGCCAACCAUGAACACUUCUUGAGAUACAUUCAGAAUUCGUGUUCGCAGAAUAAUCUCAAUAAAUUCAAAUAAAAAAUGAAACAACAAUACAAAAAAAACCCACACCUCUCAGGUCCUCAAUCUGCGUCUGGAUCAGGAAGCAACUCAAAAGCGACCACCAUGCCUGACGAGGCGACGCACAUGUUUGCGACUGCUGGUCGAUUCAAGAUUUUCAACGACAAGCAGCCGAAUUUUCAAAUGGGUGGAAGGUAUUUCUUCGUUAUACUUAUAUUUUUUCACUUUUUAGAUAGUCGUUGUACUUCUAGUAUGUUUCUAGAGCGGAACCGGAAGACCCUUUUUUCCUCCACCGCAUACAUUUUGGUUAUACCACCCUUUUAGUUUUACCACACCCUCAAAAAUCCCCCCUCCCCCAGUUCCUCGAGCACCGCCGUGAUGGGAGGCGGACCAAAGGAAGCCGCACCUCACACCUUUUUGACUAUCGAGUCCUUGGCUGGUGUUGUUGGGAGGAUAAUAGAGCAACAGCUAGAAGUCAGCAGAACGCAACCACGGUUGUCAGGAGAAGGGGAGUCACCUGAGUCAAUUCGGAGACCUGUUGCAGAAUCGGACCCUCCCUUGCGGAGAGACGCGCACAAGUUCCUGGAUCAGAUAGAUGAAGUAAUAUUUUUUACCUACCUGCUACCUGUAAAAACUUGAUCCUGUAAACAUAGCUUGAUACUACUUACGAAUACUCGUCUUGGAAAUACUAAUAAUUGUGGCUUACCUACUUAGACGUGUAGCUCCAUAGAAAUUUUGGGAUAAAAUGGAGACGGGGACAACAAGUUGCAAAUCAACAUAAUUCGUCGACAACUAAAAAUUUUGAAUCUCUCUCACGACCUUGAAUGAAAUAACUCAAACGAGGACAUCGACAUCACAUAUCUUCAACAACUACAACAGACCUUAGCGCAACUGACGCUCACCGAGGAGGAACUGACGAAGGCGAAAAGAGAGAAUCAGGACUUGAAAAGGGAGAAUCAAGAUUUGAGGCAAAAGGUGGAGGAGUCUGACGAAAGGAUAGCGGAGGAGCGAGAGCGCGCAGACGAAAGGCUAGACGAAGUGCAACGAAAAGCAGCUCGCAGAGAAGCAGAUUGGAUGACCGAGCGCGAAGGCUUCUACGAACUGAAAGACCAAAAUAAGCGGGAAAAAGAACAGCUGAAAGAGGAGGUGAAGAAAAUCAAGAAACUUCUCAGCGAUGAAAAGACAUUGAGGGAAGAAGCGGAUGCUGCGGUACUUGUUUGAGUGGCCUACUUGGAUCUGAUGCUAUGAAGAUUGACGCCUAAGUACUUGUUGUGGGAUGUUAGUUUCUGGACGAAGCAUGCACCUCCUCCUCCAGCAACUUCUAUUUGGAGUUUAUCAUGAUUCACAUUGACAACUAUCAUCUUCAUCCUUACAAGAAUCAAAAUGAAAAUCAUUAUCUUCAACUUCUCCACAGCUUGCCACUUUGCGAGAGGAGAACGAGACGACGCUUAAGGAGGCUAUCGAAAAAGCGAAACAAGAGGAGCGCGACCGCAUGCUCAAAGAACUGCAGAAGAACUCCUCCAGCACAGCCGAACGUAAUACUAAUCCCAGCACCAACAUAACAGCAACAGUUGGCGGACCACUAUCAUCGUCAUCUAGUGGUGGAGGUCCUCCUGGCGCUUCUCCAUCUCCUUCUCCACCACCUCCUCCUAAUCCCGCACUUUCCACUUCAACCACUUCUAUCGCACCAAACAGUACUGCUCCACCUAGCGCUGCACCUAGUCCCGCCCCUAGUGCUGCCUCAGCUGUGCCCGCUCGUCCUCCUCAGACAACUUCCGUUUCAUCCAGUAAUAGCAGUACAGCUCAAUCUCAAGCUCCUCCAGCUCCACAAGAAAGCAACUCAUCUUCAAGAAUGCCAACUUCUGUCCCUGGUGACCUUUCAUCCUCUCACUCCCAACAGCAUAAUUCGUCCUCAUGUAGUAUAUCGACAAAUGCUGUUGUAGAUAUGAAUGAAAAAAACAAUAGGGACGUUGCUGGGCUUCUUCAGGGCAAUUGUAUCCAAAUGAAUGUCAAUGUCUCUAGUGCAGCAAGAGCUGUGCCUGAGCACGAUUUGAGGCUCGACCGAAACGCUACGAGCAGCGCAGAGCCGACUCCAGCGCAUAUACAACAUCAAACGCAUGCUUCUUCAGCGACAUCACAAGUGCCUAGUGGUGGGUCGUCGUCAGGGGUUGCGGGACGACCACCUAUGACUCCAGGGGCACAACCAGUUGUACCGAAUGCAAUAAGUAGUAAUACGCCACAUCAGCUUCACAGUAAUCUGCAAAGUACGACUUCGUCUUCCACCACGCUAGGCGGGGCAGCGGAGCAACUACUGCUGAGCAUGAAGAAUCUUAGCCAGGCAGCUCCACUCUCGACUGGAGGAAGCAGGCAGCUCCACGCAUCAGACUCUGUCGGAUCGUCAAUAAGCACCUCUUCUGGGGCUAUACUUGAUGGUGGAACAGGUUCUGGAAUCCAAACGUUGAACCGCACACCAGAAGAGGAUUAUGGUACUACGACUAAGAGCAUGGGCGGCAAUGGCACCAAUGGCGUUGUAGGUGGUAGAGUUAUUUCUGGUCUUGAAGAUCUUUUCGUAACGCAACACUCGACUACCAGUUAUAGUGGAGAUGAGUCAUUGCAGGAACGUGAGUCUACCGGGAGCUCAACCGGGAAGACAGCGUCAUGUCAGUCAGCUGCAGCGAGUAUGGAAAGCCUCACACGACUGAACCAGCAGAAGAUCUCAUCUUCCGCAAAUAUGAAUCCAUCGUUGACGUCAAAGCAACAAGAAGAACGAAAUGGGAACAAGAUGAAUCAACAAGAACGAAAUAGGCAAAAUGGUUUUUAUCAUGUUCCAGGAGGACGAGGACAAGAAGGACAUCAAGGACAUGAAGCCGCUCCUCCUCCUACCGAUGGUACAGAUAAUGCUGCCCAGCGAUUGUUGAGAAGGACAACAAGCCAGAAAGAUGAACCUGGACGAGAAGGUAAAAAUAGUGCGCGGAUCGACGACAUCUUAUCGGACCGUCCCUCGCGAAAUUCAGAUUUGGACUUUCUCAAGACUGAAACUAGAAUGGGUACUAUGGGUUCGCAGUCACACCACACAACAUCAUCGUCGUCGAGCUCGAGACAACAAGUAGAAGCACAACUACAAGGACAAGGACAUCAACAAGGACAACAAGUACAAUCUCCAGCUCCAGCUCCACGGCCUCUUGAGUAUAAUUUUGCAGCCCCUCCUUCGAAUUGUAACUCUGAGCCAGCACCGUUUAGGACAAGCACACCUGCUCCAGAGAUGAUGAUGAGUAUGAGUAAAAGUUCGGGGUCGCUCGCAGCUCAAGGUGGACAAGGCAUUAGUCCUCAAGCAGGUAGUCAGAACCAGGUGGGAGCACAGAGUCAACAACACCGUCAGCAGGACCAUCAAGAUGCGUGUACAAGUACUAGGAUGUUGUUGCACCAACAGGAUACAUCAAUUACAAGCCCAGCAACAGGGUUACGAAAUACCACAGGCGGAGCAGGUCUACCUCACCAUCUAGGAGGUGGACUGUUCGCUGAUCACCAGCAGCAGCAACAGGGCUGUAACGGAGGCUUUCCUGGAGACUCGCAGCAGCAGAUCCGCAGUGCGCCAUCAUCACCGACCCAUCCUCCAAGCGUUCACCAUCCACCUAUACCGCACUAUGCUAGCACUGGCGGCAUUGGCAACAAGCACGAUUUGGUCGACAUGCUUGACUUAGACUUCAAAGGCGGCCCGCUUACUGGCUAUCAACCUCAACAGUCCUCUGCUGGGUUCCAACAACAUCCACAGAGCUCGUUACAGAGCUCGUUGCCACUGCUAGAGAACGAUCAAGCAAGUGCAAGGGCAUUUGAUCCGGUCACAGCCGUCUUCGGUGGUGCAAGCGCGAUACGCGAAUGUUGCCAUAACUCUUUCGCUCCUUUGCAACAAGAAGGUGCUCAAGGAGAAGGGACUAGACUUGGUGGCAGCUGA